AUGAAAUUCGUUCUACUGUUGCCAUUGCUGUUCUCCUUCGCGUCGGCGGCCGACUCAUCGGCUCCGUCGUGUCCGCAGGUGCCGGAAAAAUGUGCAUGCAAAAUGAAUAAACACUUGGUAUCAGUGAGUUGCGAUGGCGUCUCGAUUGCUGAAAUCGCGCAGAAGCUCGGCACCAAGACCAUCGACGAGCUCAGCGUUGUUAACAACAAGGAUGUCAAGAUCGAUGCUUUUCCAUUUAAUGGGCUUCGAUCUCUGAGUAUCGUGAACUCGAGUCUUGAAACGAUUUCGCCGGGGGCAUGGAAACGAAUCGACAAGACGUUGGAGCAUCUCAAUUUGAAUGGGAAUCACCUCAAAUCGGUGCCAAUGUUUGGAGAACUCAAAUCGUUGCUUUCGUUGAAUAUGAAUUCCAACCAGAUUUCGACAGUUUCUGAAAAGUCGAUGUCCCAUUUGAGCUCAUUGACUCAGCUGAGACUUGAGGGCAAUGAAAUCUCCGAAAUUCCACCAAAAACUCUGGAUGCAAUGAAAUCAACGAUAAUGCUGAUCGAUUUGAGUCAUAAUCGAUUCGACAGUGUUCCAGCGCAGAUCAUCAGAAAUGCUGCAAAUUUGAUGUACCUUGAUCUCGCCAGCAAUAAUAUCAGCGAAAUCAACAAUUUCGAAUUGAUGAAUUUGCCGUAUUUGCGAGAGCUACGCUUACAGAACAACAUGUUGAGGAGAUUGCAUCCGAUGGCGUUUAUGAAUGUCCCGCAGUUGCAGUACCUGUACCUACAGGACAAUAUUAUAUCGAGUUUGGAUGGUAAUCGGCUGCAAGCGUUUAAGAAUUUGGAGAUUCUCGAUGUUAGCAAUAAUGCGCUUUACGCGCUGCCUUCACUGAAAGAUUUGCCGAAUUUGAAGCAAGUGCGUGUCGAUGGCAAUUUGAUCGCGAAAAUCGAAACGCUGGCGUUCUCGAACAACCCGAAACUGCAGCUGAUUAGUAUGCAAAACAACAACAUCGUGCAGAUUUCGCGCAACUCGUUCGAUUCGCUUGACCAGCUCAUCGUUCUUCUCAUCGGCAACAACUCGAUAGCGAAAAUCGAGCGCGGAAUGCUUGACGGAAUGCGAAAUCUGCAACAGUUGAGUUUUCGCAAUAAUUCGCUGACGUCGCUGGACGCUUCAUCGUUUCCGCAGCUUUUGCAUUUGACCACUCUUGAUUUGGGGCAUAAUCAGAUUAGCGAUAUUGCGGAGGGCACGUUUGAUCGAUUGACGAAGUUGUUCUGGUUGGAUUUGUCGCACAACAACAUCACCGGAUUCAGACCGCGCGUUUUUAGCAGGAAAAUCUCGAAUAUUCUGCUUGAUGGAAAUCAAUUGAUUUGCGACGAGAAAUUCAACGAUUUCCUGACAUAUCUUGUCGCGAACAAAGUGCGCACGUUUCUACCGUUCCAAGAAGAAAUCCGCUGCGUCGGGCCGGAAAAAUACGCGGGUGUGCGAUUGAAGGACUUGAUGAUGAAGAAGGCGAAUGAUACGAUAACGCAGGGAUCUCGAUUGAUUGGACUGUCGACGAAGCCCGAACAGAAUUCACUUAUCUCUUCGUUCUUACCAUCGCUGGGACCACUUGGAAACUUUAAUCAAGCUGGCGGAAAUAUUCCGCUGCUCAGCACAAUCACGCAGACGAUUCCCGCUCUGAGGAGUAUUCCAGGAUUUGACCCCGCCGUGGCGAACACGCGUGGGGCCGUGCCGCUGCCGCAAAAGAAGCUCAAUGACGCGAUUGAGCAAUUCACAGCACCACUUGUUCGAUUUGCUACUGGCGGACAGCCGGUGCCAAGCGAUAUUGAACAAAUGAUACGCUCGAUUCCGAAUUUGAUGGUGAAUGUUCCAGGAUUUGGAGAUGUCGAUUUGAGUAAGAUGGAUCCGGCGAUGAUCCAGUAUGUCCUCAAUGGCGGUCAGAUUCCGGGAAUUGAUAAGGCCACUCUUGAAUCGAUUGUAAAGCAGGCGAUGCAAAAAAUGCACGCAGCGGCUGCUGCGAAUCUUGCUGGCAAUCCGAUGGAGAAUCAGGACAAAAUUUUGCCGCCGUUGGAGCGACUACCAUCGGAUUUGGUGACGCAUGUGAUGUCUGGUGAGCCACUGCCGGGACUUGAUCAAGAUCAGACGAAGACGAUCAUGGAGUAUUACACCCAACAGAUGCCAACGAUUGAAGGGGUUCCAAUUGUGGACAAGAACGCGACGAACUCGACGCAAAAACCUUCGACAUUCAAUCCGGCGAUUUUUGAUCUUCUCAAAAUCUUGCCGCCCGGCUACAAUAUCAGCCGAAUUCCGAUGGAGGUGAUCACCGCGGUGACGCGCGGCGAGGUUCCCGACAUGCGAUUGCUGCCGCAGGAUCUACUCGAUCACUUUAGAAGUCACACCAGCUCGUUGACAUCGUUAUUUGCUGGUGCCAAAGAGAAGAAUAUCACAAUCGAAGAGAUUCUGGAGAAGCUUCCUGUAUUCGCGAGACCGGAGCUCUCGACAUUUGUGCCUUAUGACAUUAAUGAGCUGACCAGUGAAAUGAUACUGGAAAAGGAAGUGCAAGAGCGGCAUCGUAAAAUUCGAAUCAUCACGGCGAUUGCUUUGGCGUUUGUUGGAGCAGUCACCAUCGUUGUUCUCAUAUUCUUUGUAAAUUAUACGAAGAAGCAAAGAAGAGCGAGAAAAAGUCUAAUGUACCGUAACACUCCAAGUGGUGGUACAUCGAGUCCUGCUGGCCAACCGCCGCCUGUACACAACACGUCUGCGACAAUUGGGGGCAGUGCCUCGAUGGUACGACCGCCGAUGAUGUCAAUUCCGAAGACGCCGAUCAAUCGGACUCUUGAGAGCACGUUUGGACAACCACAAUUGUGUUCGACGCUGAUUGAGACGCCGAAAUCGGCCCGGUGUGCCGAACGAAGUCGUCGGCUGUGA